AGUGUGUCUGUGUGUAGGUUAGUUGUGAUCUGUGGCAUCAAAUGCGGUCUGUUGUAUAUAUGGUAUAUAUAAAGUUGAAGGCUUUAAUUUGAAAGCGGGGUCCAGUCGAACGUAGGGGCCUGGGUUAUAUUUUAGAAUUCUUCAAAAUGUCAAGUUCGGCUGCAGAAUCUGAAGAUAAAUGGAUGAUUCGACCAUGUGAAAUGUAUAAUGAGGAAUAUAGUGACUGCACAAGUAUAAAGGCUCGUUUUCAUCAGUACUUCAUAUAUGGUGAAACUAUUGACUGCUCACAGUGGAAAAGAGAUUUUAACAGCUGUGUUCGGUGGAGAGAUGAACAUAAUUCUAAUGCUUUGAAAGAACUGGUACAGAGUGAGAAAAAUCGUCGAUUAAAACGAUUAGAGGGUCACUAUAACAAUGAUGUAUGGAAGAAAAGGUUGGAACCUCCAGCUGACUGGAAUAAGCCAUUGCCAGAGAGACUCAUAAAGGAGUAUGAGAACACAUACUUGUACCACCGAGCUAAGGAAAUGGCAGGCAGUAAACCUGAAGAGGUACACAGAACACUGUGUGUGUUAUCUUGACAUCUGAAAUUACUGUUAUAUGUAUAUGUAUAAUAGAAUAUUUAUCACUGUUGAGAUUAGAAAUAUAAGAAUGAAGAACGUAGUAUUUGGUUUUACUUUCAUCUGUCAUAGUCACCUUUCUUCACAACUAUCCAUAAUUAUUAUGUUGAAUAUUGGAUAGGUCAGCCUUUAAUACCCAGCUGCUGAACUUACAGGUUCAACACAACCUUGAGCCAGGUACAUCCAUUUCCCAUCCUCAAAACAUAUUUCACUAAGGUUCACAUGACUAUUUCCUUUCAUCUCAUUCCUGGGCUUACAGAUGAUCACUUUGUAAGAAGGUUCCCACCAAAUUUCUGCAUCCAUUUCUUUCCUUCCACAUCUGAGCUGUGUACACAGUCAUCUCUGUGGUUUUGCUGCCUUAAUUAUACCAAGUGAUAUGAACAUCAUGAAGUUCCUUUUUAUGUUAUAUCACAAAUUGUCCACUUUGUUCCUCUUAGGGUCAAAAUAUGUGAACUCAAAAAAGAAGCAAACAUAUGGAUUUUCACUAGUUUCAAACAUUCCAGAGAUAAAGAACUUAACACUGCACUGUAUACAAUAUCUUUCCAAGCAUUUGCAGUACUGACUUACUGUCCAGUUUGUUUUGACACAAUAUAUCUGACAAGACCAUACAGCCAAUACAAAACCAGUCACAUUCAAGCUGCUAGGCUUCUCGACUACAUGCAAAUGAAGCACAAGGAAUAGGCCCCACAAAUGAAAGAACAGAUUCUUAUCUGCUGAAGCACUCAAAGAACUUUGGUCACAGUAAUUUUUAAAAAACAUGAAAAAGCUAGCUUAAAUAAUAAUCAUGAUUAAUUAGGUAGGUGAACCGCUCAUGCAGCAAAACAUAAAAGGUUUCCUAAGGCUGUAUAUAUUGUGCAUGCAUGCAUGCAUGCAUGUACACGUGCGCCUAAACACAGAGGGUGUCACUAAAAGGUGUGGACAAACUUUGGGCACAAGGUCUACAUUCCAAAACAAGACAUUUCUAUAGCAACAUUUAAUUUGUGAGUUACAGCUGAUUUUCCAGCAUGAGGGAACUUUUGUUUUGUUCAACGAAGUGCUGAGUAUUUCUUUGUUUCAUCAGUGCUCUUUACAGAUGAGGCACAUUUGGGUACAGAUGGGAUCAUUAUUUGUUUAUUUCAGUACACUUUAUGUGUAUAAGUAUACUAUAUAAUACAUUGCAAUAUGUUUUGGCCUCUCUGGCCAUCAUCAGGUAAUAAUAUGUUUCUACAUUCACCUUUGCAUCAUCAAUAUUCACAACGAACACCAGUGGGUAGAGGAGAAUCAUCAUGGUGUAAUCCAUUCUAGAGACCAGCAGCAGUUCAGCAUUAAUAUUUGGGCUGGGACUUGUGGUUCAAAUGUUUCACAUGAGCUUACAAGCAACCAAUACUGAGAUUUCCUUUUACGUGGUCUGCCAGAGCUACUGGAACAUGAACCACUGGCAGAAAGAGCACGAAUGUGGUACAUGCAUCAUGGUGCUCUGGCACAUUUUAGCUGUGCUGUGUGAGAUUUUCUCAAUAACACCUAUCAUGACCGAUGGAUAUGUAGAGGAGGACCCACUGCAUGGCCUCCAUGCUUGCCAAAUUUGAAUCGUUUUGGAAUUUUACCUGUGGAGAUGCAUGAAAUCCCUUGUGUACACAGCUCCUGUUGAAAAUGAAGAGGCACUUCACCAUUGCAUUGUGGUUGCCUGUUAGACUGUCUGCAACUACCCCAGCAUCUUUGAACAGAUGCAGUAGUUCAUGAUGAGACAUGUCAAGACAUGCAUUGAAUCUCAUGGACAUUUUGAGCGCUUAUUAUUUGUACUCACAAAUUAAAUAUUUCCAGAUACAUGGUGUGGACAUUUUUUCUUGUUUUAGUAUAUAGAACUUGUGUCCAGCGUUUGCCCACACCUUUCAGUUACACGUGUGUGUGUGUGUGUGUGUAUGUGCAUGCAUGUAACAAAGCAAACUUAUGAAAUUUUGCCACUAUUUGUGAGAAUACUGAAACUGAUCUGGCUGUGUGGAAUUUCAUAUUACAUAUAAAAAGGGGCCAUAAUAUUGUAAUGAGAAUAUAAGAAUUGCUGAUAAAUUUAAAAAAAAAAUGUUGCACCAUCUGGAAUUCAGAAACAACAAUAAGAGAUUUGGAUGGUAUUUGUGUUAUGUGCUUACUGCCAUUCAUUUUUAAAUCUUUGAUAUUUUUUAAGUGUCCUUUGUAGAACUUACGUAAAAAUAAAAAUAUGUUUAUAAAAUUAA